AUGUCUCUAAAUUACAUCAGAAACUUCUAUGAAGGAUGUGACUCUUUAAAUGUCCUCCUUUAUUGUUUGUUUUUAAAAGAUUUUUUUUUUCUUCUAAAAUCACAAAAGGUUAAACCUCCGAUUGGUCAAUUCCACACCCGUUUCUUUGGAUCGACCCAAAUGUUCUUCCUUGGGGUACUAGGCUUUGCAGUUUAUGGGAAUGAGGCCUUACACUUCAGUUGCAAUUCAGACAAAAGAGAAACAAAUCUCAUCUGUUACAAUCAGUUCAGGCCAAUCUCUCCACAAGUUAAGUAUUUUUUUGUUCUGGGCAUUACAACUAUGAUUGUCCUGGUUCCUGGAGGUAUUUUCCAUCUUUAUGCUGCAUAUCCUGCAUGUAAAAGCAUCAAUCAAGAAAGCAUUCUUCAAAAGCCUAUCUACACUAUAAUUUAUAUACUCUCUGUUUUAUUAAGAAUUAGUCUAGAGGCAACAGCAUUUUGGCUUCAGAUUCAUCUAUUUGGUUUCGAAGUAAAUCUCUACCUGUGUGAUGCUAGAUCUCUUGGGGAAAACAUGAUUAUAAGAUGCAUGGUUCCAGAACACUUUGAAAAAACCAUUUUUCUCAUUGCAAUGUACACAUUUACAGCACUUACAGUAGUAUUAUCUGUUGCUGAUAUUUUUGAGAUCAUAUUUAGAAGAUUAUACUUUCUAUUCAAACAAUGGCCAAAGAAUCGAUUACCUAUUGUCAUGCUACUGUUAUCAUUUUUAUUUAGUUUUAUCUUAUUCAGUGAGUACCACAAUUUCAAAACAAGCUUACUUCAAUGUGUCUGAAAUUUAUGCCAAUAUAAAAUAUAAUAUCUGGUUGUAAGAUAGGGAUUCUUGAAGAAAUAUUUCAUUUUAUUUUAAUUUUGAUCACUUUUAUUAGAAAAUAUAUAUACAACUACUGUUAAUUUAUUUUUAAACAGUGCUUUUACAGAGUUCUCUCACAUAUAGCUCAAUUAAUCACAGUUUUUUUGUGGCCAGAGUAACUUUUAUUGUCUUUUUUAUACAAAAUAGAAAACCGAUGCUUAGGAAGAUUAAUUUAGGUGUCCCAAGUCAUACAACCAGGAUAUAAUUCAGAUCUUCAUAUUUCCCUUCCUGUGGAACUAUGCAGUUUUAAAUUUGAGGGUGUCAUUAUUUUGCACUCAUGUAAAAUAUAACUUAUUUAUGCAAAAAAACUGUAAAUUAAUUAUUAAAGAAUAAUUCUAUAG